AUGUUGUACCCAGAACCAGUAGCAGUUACAUCCAUUUCAUUUAAACCAUCGGAAGUUGAUUCAUUAGAAACAGAUGAGUCCAUUUCAUCCAUUGAAUUAUCAUUGGCAAUUGAAUCCCUACCAGUUAAAACACCAUCAUCUGUUGAGGGUGCGUCAGUUGCAUCUUCACCAGCCCCAUCUACUUCAGUUGUAGCAUCAUUGGAUUUGCCUGCUACAAUACCACAGCCAUUCUUUGCUCCUUACAACGCUGUUAAUAGUACAUCAAACCAACAGCCAACUUCAACCUCCACUGACUUGUCCUUACCUUCGUCGAUUGGUAAUUCCGUGGAUCUGGGAGCUGUUCAAGCUACUAUCUCCCAGUAUGAAUCUAAUUCUCAAACUGAUAACGACCUCGUCAAAACAACCACCCCUACCAGUGUUGGGACUGAAAUUGUUGAGCCAAUUGCAGAGUUCAAUUUCUUGAAUAAAACCAAAACAUUGUUAUUGGAAACUACCAUCACUGAGAUAGUUGAAUCCUCAAAUAUUACUGGGGCUGUGGUUUCUGCUGCUGGCUCAAAAGAUGGUAACGUUAAAAGUGAAUCAUCUGUGGUAUUCGUUGUUGCUGAAAAUAAUGGAGUUGUUGCAACCACUAAAGCUGCAUCAUCUACUAAUGCUACUACCUUUACCAAGGCUACUACCUUUACCAAGGCUACUACAUCCACUAAUGCUACAGAAGCUACAACUACUGAAGCCGUUUCCUUCACUCUCAACUCAAGCUCCUCAUCAAGUAAAGUCGCCGACUUUUCAAGUGCCAAUACAUUACAGGCUGAUCCUGAUCCUGAUCAAAUCAUGGACGCUUCAGAAAAACAUUUUGACACUUAUGCCAUUACAACCAAUGUGGAAAUGGCUAGCUCAACAAAAAUUCCAGAAACAAGUUCAACAUCGGCUCCAUAUAUUACUACUUACGAAAAUAGUAGUUCUUCGGUUGGAUCAACAUUGUCUAUUCUAGUUGCUGUAUUGGCAACAGUUAUUAUUAAUUGGCUUUUGUAA